GCUUAAGUAGAAAGUUGGAAUUUGGAUUCGAGUCACUAUCACUGCACUUUCAUUAAAUAGAUAGGAAAAAAAUAGUAAUAUAAGCAUAAACUAAAAUUGAUGAAAGCUGCACAUUCUGCAGAAAACUCAAUUCUUCUUCUUACUAUCAUCUCCUUUCCCAUUUCUUGCAUUUGCUACCAGUGACUGCUGAUUUCAGAGAACCCUUCCCUGCUUAGAUUACAGCAAAAUGCAGAAUUGGGCUUAUCUAGGGUUUGGUGGCUAUGCUGGAAGCGGGUUAAACAAGCUGGGGCUAAGGUUUACCAGGUGAAGAAAAUGAUUAUCACAAAGCAGUACCGAUGCAUUCACUCAUCUAGCUGUCAAUGCACUAAAGGGCAUUUAAGUGAAGAAGUAAUAUUCUUAGUAUUUCAUCAUUUGAAAUGGAACCCCAAGCUAAUUGCUGCUCUGUCAUGUGUGUGCAAAUGGUUUGAUGAUUUCGCCAAGCGAGUUCUAUGGAAAGAGUUUUGUCGAACAAGAGCUCCAAAAAUGAUGCUUGAUCUGCAAUCUAGUGGUAGUCACAGCGUUGAUGGGAACUGGAGAGCCCUAGGGAAGCUUCUCAUAUACUGUUCGGGAUGCACGAAAGGCGGCUUGUUCAAUAGGAUUCAUAUCCCUGGUCACUUUGUUUAUCAGACUCGAUUUUCCAGAACAUCAGGAAGGAGUUUUCUUCUGCCACAGUGUAGAACCGAUGUUUUAUAUGUGUGUGAUCCUUGUGAGCAUCUUGACCAAGGUGAAGAAGGAGAUGUAGGGUUCUUCCGUGGCGUGUUUAAGUCAUUUGCAACUUCAAAGGUGAGGAAGAUGCUUAUUAACAGAAGGGCCAAGCUCCAUCAAACAGAAGUUUGCCCUUAUUGUAAGGCAAAGUUGUGGAGCAUGCUGCAAGCUAAAAUGAUCCCUGAAAGUGCUAGUUGCAGGUUGGGUUCCUAUGAAGAUUGUCUUGAGUAUUAUGUAUGCCUAAAUGGUCACUUGCUUGGGAUCUGUACACUGUUACCAUUGUCUGAUUCUGAAGAUGCAUCUGAGUUGGAGAAAUGUAAAUGAUUCUCUUGUAUCUGGAAAACCAUAGCUCUAUCCUGUUUCUUUAUUUAUUUUUCCUUUUUCAUUUCAAGACGAAAUGAAAAUUUAUGCUGGAUA